AUGGAGACUGCAAAGCACUCCCACUCAGAAGCCAGAAUGAUCGAAAACAUCAAUGUCGAAGAGAAGGGUUAUGCUACUGUAGUUCCCAGCCCACAGCAGCCUCGCGAUGUUACCGACCGGGGCGCCGAAGCAGUCUUGCUUUCAAUCGAAGGAGCAGACGCGGACGUGGCGAGCACCUUGAAGCUUGCAAAGGACGGACAUACCGUCCUUGUGCCACAACCAAGCGAUGAUCCUGAGGACCCUCUGAACUGGUCGUGGUUUAGAAAGCACGCCUUUCUCAUCACUACAGCCAUUUGUACGUCGUCCUGCGACUUCGGUAUCACGCUCGGGGUCCCUGCCGUGAUCAAGCAGGCUGAGUUCUGGAACACAACUCCCGAUCUUAUGAAUCAUCCUACCAGUUUGUGUGUGGCAAUGAGCGGUAUUGGGGGGCUACUCGUGAUCCCGCCCUCUUAUUACUGGGGUCGUGCUCCGGUGCUGUUUUGGACAACCCUCAUUGCUACAGCACUGACUCUCGGUAUCGCCCUGACCGACGACUACGUGACAUUCUACGCGUUACGUGCUCUCCAAGGAGCCUUCAUCACGACUUGUAACAUUGCGGUCUUAUGUUACAUCAAGGAUAUCUUCUUCUACCACGAACAUGCGCGCAAGAUCGGCAUUUGGUUUCUCCUAUACUUCACGGCGCCAUCACUAGGCCCCAUGUGCGGCAGCUUUAUGCUUGCAUACACUCCAGGCUGGAAGAGCCCCUUUUGGCUGUCAUUUGCGUACAACUCUGUCGCCUUCAUUCUUAUCUGCCUCUUUGUCGACGAGACAUGGUACAGACGCGACAUUCCGGCGGUGAAUCAGCCAUCCAGAGGCAGUCGCGUCUUUAGGCUUCUUGGUUCGUGGCAGAUCAAGCAUCACCAUGGCUACUUCCUACCGGUUUUACAGGCAUACAGCCGGAUGAUCAUCGUUGUUUCCAAGCCGGUGAUUCUGCUUUCCAUUUUCUACUAUGGUAUCACAAUUAUGUGGGGAGUCGGCAUCAACAACGGAUCCGCCGUCCUUCUCUCUACACCACCGGAGCAAGGAGGAUAUGGCUUUGGUGUCAAGGGACUAGGUUUCAUCUACUUCGCCCCGACCGUUGGCGUCAUUCUAGGCGAAUUCGCAGGUCAUUUUCUCAACGAUUGGUUUGCAAACCGAUAUACACAUAAACACAAAGGCAUUUUCCGCCCCGAGGGCCGUCUGCCGGUCAAUUUCCUCGCCGUCCUCUUUCUGGUUCCGGGCCUCGUGCUUGUGGGCCAGACACUCCACCACCGCCUCCAUUGGGCUGGAAUUGUUUUUGGCUGGGGCACCUACAACUUUGGAAUCAUCCUUGCCAGCGUCUCGAUUUCGGCAUAUACUUUGGAUUGUUACCCUAGUGGCGCUGGGGAAGUGUCAGCGUGGCUCAAUCUCUUUCGUACAGGAUGUGGCAUGGCCGUACCCUAUUUCCAACUCACCUGGGGUAUGGAAAGGGGCUUCGGGGAGACGUUUGGCAUUCAGGCCGCCAUUGUUGUCUGUGCUUUGUUUCUACUUCUCCCCCUUGUUUUCUAUGGAGAGAGAUUGCGCGUUAAUUUUGGAGCGUUGAAGCUACCUGGGUCCCAACAACUGAGUAGGCCACCGGGAUGA